UGUGAUUUUAAUGCAUUAUUCAGUGCAGCUGUUCAAAGCUUCACUCCAGGCUGAUUUAAACCUCUUAGUAAAUAAGGAUUUGACUAUUUUAAUUCAGUUGAUCUGGACGUUUAGAGAGAGCAGACGUCUGUCUGUCUGAACGCCUAAGCGUCUGAAAACCCUUCAGUUAAGGUGCUCGAUCAGUCAAAUCCGGUCUCACUAGAGUGAAUCUCACAGACAUGGACCCUCAGGUGCCCAAAGACAAAUAUAACGGCGUGUGGUUGGUUUUCUUCAUGCUGGGGUUGGGAACGCUGCUGCCGUGGAAUUUCUUCAUGACAGCCACUAUGUACUUCACCAAUCGUCUCGGGGACCCUUUAAGAGAAGCGAAUGUCUCAGUCAACGCGACUGAAGAAGACUCCCGGAGCGUCUUACAGGCCAAGUUUAAUAAUGUGAUGACGCUGUGUGCGAUGGUUCCUCUGCUGGUGUUCACCUGCCUCAACUCAGUGCUUCACCAGAGAAUCCCUCAGAAGAUCCGGAUCGCAGGGAGUCUGACGGCGAUUCUGCUGGUGUUCCUGCUCACUGCCAUCCUGGUGAAAGUAGAUUUGGAGCCACUGGCGUUCUUCAUCAUCACCAUGAUUAAAAUCAUCUGCAUUAACUCGUUCGGAGCGGUUCUUCAGGGAAGUCUGUUCGGGAUGGCCGGUCUCCUGCCAGCGUCCUACACAACACCCAUCAUGAGCGGACAGGGGCUCGCAGGAACCUUCGCUGCUUUCGCCAUGAUCUGUGCCAUCGCCAGUGGUUCUGCUUUACACGACAGCGCGUUUGGAUACUUCAUCACAGCGUGUGUCGUUAUCUCCCUCGCCAUCGCAGCGUACGCGGUCCUUCCUAAACUGGAGUUUUAUCAGUACUAUCAGGAGAGUCAGCAGAGCAAACCAGCUGAAGAUGAAGAGAACAAGACGGAUCUUAUGAAGAAAGAUGAGCGGGAGAAGAGCGCUGGCGGUGACGACAAACAAACACCGUCCAUACUGGACAUCUUUAAGAAGAUCUGGGUUAUGGCGUUCUCUGUGUGUUUCGCCUUCACCAUCACCAUCGGCACGUUUCCCGCCAUCACUGUGGACGUUAAAUCUACUGUUGCUGAUGGAGGACAGUGGGGUUUGUAUUUCAUCCCAGUGUCUUGUUUCCUGUUAUUCAACAUGUUUGAUUGGCUGGGUCGCAGUCUGACCGCUGUCUGUAUGUGGCCUGGGAAAGACAGUAAGCUGCUUCCGGGUCUGUUAGUGGCCCGUGUGAUAUUUGUCCCUCUCUUCAUGCUCUGUAAUGUCCAGCCUCGCCACAAUCUGCCCGUCUACUUCUCACACGACGGCUGGUUCAUCGGCUUCAUGAUCCUCUUUGCCUUUUCUAAUGGAUAUCUGGCCAGUCUGUGCAUGUGCUUCGGGCCCAAGAAGGUGGAUGCGAGCGAGGCGGAGACGGCUGGAGCGAUCAUGGCCUUCUUCCUGUCUCUUGGUCUCGCUCUCGGAGCGUCUCUGUCGUUUCUGUUUCGAGCGCUCGUCUGAAGUCUGGACAGAGAUGAGACUGAAUGAGCCUUACAGCUGUUCACACAUGCUACAGUCAUAUUAAGGUCCAGAGCCACCCUCCAUACAGAAUAAACCCAAAACAUCAGCGUGACUACAGCAUCAAGACCUGAUCUUGAGCGGAGAGUUCACAGAUUCACUGAUGCAGGAUGCUUUGAGUCUUAAAUACUAUAUUUAAUUGCACAUAAUGUAAAGAACUUAAAGCCUACAAAACUGUUCUGUAAAAGAAUGUAACACUUUUAUUCAACAAGGAUGCAUUAAAUUGUUUAAAAGUAACAGUAAAGACAUUUAGAAUUUUAGAAAAAGAUAUUUCAAAUAAAUGCUGAUCUUUUCAACUUUCUAUUCAAAGAAUCCCGAAGUUUCCAUGAAAAACUGCUGUUUUUAACAUUUUUAAUAAUCAGAAAUGUUUCUUAAGCAGCAAAUCAUAAUAUUAGAAUGAUUUCUGAAGAUCAUGUGACACUGAAGACUGGAGGAAUGAUGCUGAAAACAGCUGUGCAUCACAGAAAUAAAUUACAUUUUGCUACAAUAUAUAUUCACAUUGAAAACAGAUCUUUAAAAUUUAAAUGAUAUUUCACUGUUUUUUUUUAUAGUAUUUUUGACCACAUAAAUGCAUCCUUGGUGAGCAGAAGAAACUUCUUUCAGAAACAUUAAAACAAUUAAAUCUUGCUGACCCAAGUAGUUUAAAUGUUAGUGCAUAAACAGUACAACCAUUAUGUGUGUGUGUGUUUUUUUAAAAGAAAUACUUGUUUUAAUAUAUUUUGAAUAAAUAGUUCACCCAAAGUAAUUAUUUAUUCAUGCCAUAAUGAGUUUUUGGAUGUGAAACUAUUGUACGUUUUUAUCAAAGUUUCCUUAAAGAUAUAUUUGCACGAGAGCAACAUUAAAGACAGAACAAGAUGCUUUUUGUUUAAUAUUCAAACCUCUUUUUUUUUAGAAGUUUAUAUUGUAUUAUAGUCUUUUUUUUAAUAACCAGAUGGACAUUCGUAGUGCUUUUUAUGAAUGUGACGUGCAUUAUGAUGUUAUAUUUAACUUGUAUAAAAACAUCAACAUGAAGUUUUGAGCACAUACGAACGAACCAACUCUACCUCCUGCCAUAGUGAAACUUUUUUCCUCUACACUACUUUAUUCUAUGAAAGACAAGAGACCAAAGUGCCAAAUAUGAUGUGCUUUGUUAUUAAUAAAGACUCUUUAUUUCAGCA